UAUUUCGCCAGCUCUAAUGGGAAGAAGAGCAAAGGGGAGCCAAAACAUUUUAUUUAGAACGUUGGAGCUUGACAUUUUGCGAUUUCGCAAGCUUAGAAAAUUGGGUAAAAAUUUUUGAAAGAAGCAACAGUGAACUUCGUCAUGGCCGAAGCUAUCAAACCAGAAAGUUCAACUCAAAGGCCUUUGGAUGGAGGCGGAGGAAGGCAUAUUAGUGCCAUGCCCAAGCGAAAGCAUAGGCGCGGCAAGAAAUCGAAAAUGGUGCCUAAGCAGAAUAACAAGAAUCACGGUCCAUCAUGGAAACUGGAUAUGCAGCCCGGAUCCAGUGCAGUAGCUGGUGGAGGUGCUGGCAGUGGCGGAGAAGCCAGUAAACGUCACAAUGCUCGAGCCAAAUUGGUGCGCUCACGAUCCCUCCUAGUCCCUUAUAAUACAAAUCGAUUUCUGAUGGAAGAGCACAUGUCGGAACUCCGGAAAGACGACUCCGAUGACAAUUGCUUUGGCUCGCAAACGGAGGUACUCUUCUUGUCCAAGGAGUUCUCUAAUGUGUAUGAACGUGCUCGAUUGGAACGAUUGGACACAAUGAGCAAGCAAGAGCUGAUCCAGGAAUGUCUGCAAAUCGAAGAUCGAUAUUCCAAAGCCCAAAAUGUAUCAAAAGAGUGUGGAGCCAAGGUGCGUAGUUUGGAGGAUAAGCUGCGGCAAUUGACGCGUGAAAACCAAUUUCUGCGUUCACAUUUCCUUCGCUCGUGUUCGACCCCUCCCGGUGGACCAGCGGUUGCAGCAGCAGCAGCCGCGGCUGCAUCACCACCUUCGGCAGCAGCUCCAACGCCAAGCUCUGCCUCUGAAUUACAGGCACGGCAACAGCCACCAAAUCAACAACAGCCCACGCCCAUGGACUCUUCCAGUGAGGAUAGCGAAAGUGAUAGUAGCAGUACUACAUCGAGCACCACAUCGUCCACAACAUCUUCGGGCAGCAGCGAUGAUCAUGCCAUGGGCGUGGCUGGUCUCAAUAUAGCCAAUGGUCAUGUGGAGCGCAGUGCCCACUCAUGCAGUCGCAGUCGUUCCCGAUCGCGUUCGCCCAUUCAGCUUAAUGGCCAUGCCAAUGACGAGGAGCGCAGUCGUCUCUUGGACUCCAAUCAAAUGGAUGAUGACGAAAACUCUAAUGAUGGGGCAACAAAUGGCAAUCCAGCCACCAAAUAAAGAGACAAGCCAAGUCUCCAAAACACCCAUGUAUAUAUAGAAGACUCAAUCAAUGCUAGAAUCUAGCACAAAUUUUAAUAAGCUCCUUGUGUUUAGUACUUAAGUCGCUUGUGAAAAUGCUAGAGUUACUGUGUCUUUGUGUGGCCCUUCCUUUCGUAAAUAUUUAUCCAAGCCAAAAUUGUAUUAGAGAUUAUGUUUAUAAUCUAAAACGCUUCACCAGAAUAUCUCAUUGGGUAAUGCAGUUCUAAUUUACAAGUUUUAAUGAUUAAUCUAAAUAAUGUCUUUAAGUUGACUGCUUUUUUUUUAUCAUGUCGGAAGCGUUGCUUUCUCUAUCGCUUUUAACGAAUGAAUAUUUUUUAGAAAAUAAAUUGUUAAAUUUUAAACUCGA